UGCGCCGGGUGGGCGCGCGGGGAGCUGCGCUGCGCUGCGCUGUGUUGCGCCCAUGGCGGCCGGGCCCGGCGCCGCGCUCUGCCGCCUGCAGUACCUGGAUGACAGCGACCCCUUCUCGUGCGCCAGCUUCCCGGAGCCGCGCCGCGCGCCCGUGCACCCGCUGCCGGAGGCGCUGCCGCUGGGCGCGCAACUGCCCGCCCUGCACCGCCUGCUGGGCGCGCCCCUGCCGCUGGCGGAUUGUACGCUGCAGGUCUCACCAUCUGGCCAGUACCUGGAUCUUGAUCUGUCCCUGCUGGAGCAGAAAGAUGAGCUGGAAGGAUUCUACGAGGAGAUCAGCAAAGGGCGGCGGCCAACUCUGAUCCUGCGCACGCAGCUCUCCGUCCGAGUCCAUGUCAUCCUCGAGAAACUGUACAACUCCCAGGGGCCGGAGCUGAGGCGCUCCCUCUUCUCCCUCAAGCAGCUCUUUCAGGAGGAUAAAGACCUGGUGCCAGAGUUCGUGAACUUGGAGGGGCUGACAUGCUUGAUCAAAGUGGGAGCCGAGGCCGACCAGAACUACCAGAACUAUAUCCUGCGAGCACUGAGCCAGAUCAUGCUAUUCGUGGACGGGAUGUUGGGCGUGAUCGCGCACAACGAGACCGUGCAGUGGCUCUACACGCUCUGCGGGAGCAUGUACCGCCUGGUGGUGAAAAUGGCGCUGAAGCUGCUGCUGGUGUUUGUGGAGUACACUGAGUCCAAUGCCCAGCUCCUCAUCCAGGCUGUCAACACGGUGGAGCAGGCUAGAGGUGCGUAUCCAUGGUCCAACCUGGUUGCAAUCUUAGAGGAGCGCAAUGGGGCCGACACGGAGCUGCUGGUGUUUGCGAUGACACUGAUCAACAAGACGCUGGCGGCCCUCCCGGACCAGGACUCGUUCUACGACGUGACAGACUGCCUGGAGCAGCAGGGGAUGGAGCGCAUUGUGCAGCGCCACAUGCACAACAAAGGCCUGGAUCCUGACGUGAAGCAGCAGUUUGCAAUCUACGAAACCUCGCUCAGACACGAAGACGGAGUGGAAGAGCUGCCGCCGGGGGCGCGCAAGGAGCGGCGGAAAACAGACGAGAACCGGCGGGGCCGGCGCUCCCUGGGUGGCAACGUAGAUGCCGGAGCCGGUGCAAGCUCCCCAAGCCCAGCCGUGGAGGACAACAAGCUGCCUGAGCCGUCCAGCCCCCUGAGGGAACCCACCGCCGAGACGGGGACGGAGAGCAGCCCAGCUCCGCCCUGCUUCGAGAGUGUUUACAACAGCACGUCCAACGUGCGGCUCUCUGCGCCGGCCUCCCCGGAGGAGAGGGAGCACCCCGGCCUGGGGGAGAGGAGCGUUUUCAAACUUCACCAAACUGCCCCUGUUUGGCGAGAGGAGAGUCCCCCUUUGCGUGGGGACAAGCCCGUUCUGAGGAAGUUUGAAGCUCGCUUCUUGGAAAACCUGGCUUCAUCCCAAAAGGAGAAGCUGUCUGCAAUGUCCAAGGGGCGGCUUGACAUCCUCGCCGAAGCCAUUCCAGGGGGCGGCCAGCUCAGCCCAGAACCACCCCCAGCAGGGAGGCUGGCGCUGAGCGAGGAGAAGGAGCAGAAUGAGACGGCGAACGAGCAGGAGCCGCGCCUGCCGUCAGUCGGGAUCGCUCCAGGGAGAGACGAGAAAGGAGACGGCACAUCAGGGCGCUGUGUCUCCCCGCAGGAGAGCGACGAUCCCUGCCGCUCCGUCUCCUCGGACAAGAAGCUGAUGCGCGACAUGCUGUUUGCCAAAAGCCACGUGGAGCCGGAGCGGGACCUGCUCGUCCCUGAGGCGUCAGCCUCUGCCCAGCGCCCCCGAGCAGCUGGGGACCAGCUGAGCCAGGCAGAGCUGCAAGGCAGUCAGGACCUGGAGAACGCCAGGCCCCAUGGCAAGGCCCCUGACGGGCAGGUCUCUGGCGCCCGGACCCGGCUCCCGCGCACCCAGUCCAGUGUCGAGGCAGAAGCCAACGCUCAGAACGUGGAGCGGGCCCUCCUGACCCCGUUUAAAAAGGACUUUGAGUUCAUGUGGGAUCGUCCGGAGGCUGGCCCCAUGCUGCUGAAGAUCAAAGACCUGGACUUCUCAGACCUGGGUGAAGAGGAAGAUUUUGAUGCCUUAGAGCAAGGGGCAGUAGGAAAUGACUCUUUCCAUGUGCCUCCUCCACCACCUCCUGGCACUGGGGCACUGACUGCAGGAGGCCUCCUGGCUCCCCCACCACCACCACCCCCUCCUCCUAGCUGUCCCCCACCCCCCGGCUGUCCUCCGCCCCCACCACCCCCUGUUCCUGGCUGCCCACCCCCUCCUGCGUUGCUGGGCCCCCCUGCGCCAGAUGGCCGUUCCCCUGCCAAGAAGAAGAAGACGGUGAAGCUCUUCUGGAAGGAGCUGAAACACCCCAGUUCCCGUGCUGGGGCUGGCCGGUUUGGCCGGGGCACCGUGUGGGCGUCCCUGGAGAGAGUGGAGAUUGACGCGGCCAAGCUGGAGCAUCUCUUUGAGUCCAGAGCGAAGGAAGUGCUGAGUUCCAAGAAAGCUGCUGACGGGAAGAAGUGCACGGUGAUCCUCGACCCCAAGAGGAGCAAUGCCAUUAACAUCGGCCUGACGGUGCUGCCGCCCGCUCACAUCAUCAAGACGGCCAUUCUCAACUUUGACGAGUUCGCCAUUAACAAAGAAGGGAUUGAGAAAAUCCUGACCAUGGUUCCCACCGACGAAGAGAAGCAAAAGAUCCAGGAGGCGCAGCUCGCCAAUCCCGACGUCCCCCUGGGCUCAGCCGAGCAGUUCCUGCUCACCCUCUCCUCCAUUAGCGAGCUCACGGCUCGCCUCCAACUGUGGGCAUUCAAGCUGGACUAUGAGAGCAUGGAGCAGGAGAUCGCGGAGCCUCUGUUUGACCUGAAAUUGGGGAUGGAACAGCUGGCCAAAAACCAGACCUUCAGAUGUAUCCUGGCUACUCUGUUGGCCAUGGGGAACGUCCUCAACGGCUCCCAGAGCCGGGGCUUCGAGCUCAGUUACCUGGAGAAGGUCUCGGAGGUGAAGGACACCGUGCACCGGCAGUCUCUGCUGCACCACCUGUGCCACGCGGUGGUGGAGAGGUUCCCCCAAACCAGCGACCUCUACUCGGAGAUCGCCGCCAUCACCCGCUCAGCCAAGGUUGACUUUGACGAGCUGGCGGAAAGCCUGAGCCAGCUGGAGCGACGGUGCAAAGCAUCAUGGGACAGCCUGAAGGCCAUCGCCAAGCACGAGACCAAACCGGGCCUGAAGAGCAAGCUGAUGGACUUCCUGAAGGACAGCUCCCGGAAGAUCCACGUUCUGAAGGUGGUGCACAGACGCAUACUCCACAGGUUCCGCUCCUUCCUGCUGUUCCUGGGCUACUCGCCGGCGGCCGCGCGGGACAUGAAGGUGACGGGGUUCUGCCGGCUCCUGCGGGAGUUCGCCCUGGAGUACCGCACGUGCCGAGAGCGCGUCCUGCAGCAGCAGCGCAAACGGGCCGCGUACCGCGAGAGGAACAAGACCCGGGGCCGGAUGAUCACGGAGAUGGAGCGAUUCUCCGGCAUGGCCGACAGCCCUGAGGCAAGCCCCUCUCCAGCCGUGGGGUCGGCCUGCCCAGAGCAGCAGGCGGAUGCAGGCCACGAGACCAUGAAGAGUGUGUUGAGCUCGGCUCUGGAGCCCCACAGCCGGCGCAGCAGGGCCAGCCGAGGCGUGGGUCGGUCAAGCCCCUCCAGCGGCUCCGUGCCCCAGGACGACAGCUCCGGCUCCCCGGCCGACGCCUCGGAUGAAAUCAUGGAUCGCCUUGUGCAGUCCGUCACCCACAGCGCCGGCCCGCGGCCGGGCGCCGCCAAGGAGCGCAAGAGGUCACGUGUCAGCAGGAAGUCCAUGCGGCGGACUCUGAAGAGCGGCCUGAGCGAUGACUUGGUGCAGGCCCUGGGCCUGGCGCAAGCUCCCAGCGUGCAAGUGUGACGGUUGCCAUGGCCAGCGGAGCCGCUGCGGAAGGAGCCUGCCUAGAGCCCGCGAUGCCCCACUCCCCGGAGCGAGCGGGGCCAUGAACGCGCUGAGCGGGAGCCCGGCCGGCCCAGCCCAGCGCUCUGCGGCCUGGAGGAAGGCAGUCGCUGGGCAGGGCCGGUGUUUGGGGAGCACCGAGCCCCUGCCCCGGGGCCGCAGCCCAGCAUGCUGACACCACUGGAGCCUCUCUGAAGCGUCGCCUGCUGGUGCCACAGGAUGGGCACUCACGCCACAGUGGCUACUGCUUCUCCCCACCCCCACCAUGGGCCUCCCUGCGUCCUGUCCCCCCCACACACCCUGCCCUAUGGGCCCCCCCACAUCCUGCCGUCCGUCCGGCCCGUGCUUUCCUGCAGUGGGGCCGUGCGCCGAGUGGAUUUGCUCUGGGGACACUAUAGUAUUUGAGCCCUUUGUGGGUAGCUGGCGAGUGCAACGUGUGCUGUGGAUUAGUUUGGCUGGGCCCUGCAAAGAGAAGCGCUGGCUGCAGCAGAGGCUUGGGCAUGGAUGGGCUGCAUAGCACUGCCACCGCACUCCAUCUCCUUGGGUUUGCAUCCUGCCUUUCCCCUUCGGGUCGCUGGAUUCCAGGGCUUCUCCGAGACUUCCCAGGGUCUCGCUAGGAAGCGAGUAGCAUUUCCCUGGUGGCUGGCACUGGCUGGCACCUGCAUCCUCCCAGGGCUCCUGGUGAUGGGCGGGGUCUGCGUGUGCACUAGCUGAGCAGUGCGUGGAAGCCCCCCUCCCCUGGGGGAGCACAGGGCUGGCUGGUCGCCCGGGAUGUGCAGUCAGACCCCCGUUAUGGUGAGUCGGGUUGUGUGCACUGCAGCCACCCUCCAGCAGCACCUGGGGUGGGAAGGUCCCAGGGCAGUCGCUGGGGCCGGUGCCAAUUGGACUGAAUAAAGACACCUGCUGUUGA